UCCGAACGGUUCCGAGCCGGUCUCACUGCGCUUCGGUUCUCGUUUGCCUCCGUCCGAAGGGGGCCGAGCAGUUCCGAGCGGCCGAGCGGGCCUCGGACGUGGCCCCGAGACGCGGCGAGAAGCGAAGAAGGCCGAAGCGGCGCGAACGUAGCGGCCCCGGGGCUUCCGGGAUCGCGGCGAAGCCGGCAGGCGGGGCCGGCAAGAUGGCGGCGGCGCGGGGGGGACCCGCCACCGUGCUCUCGUCCCUGCCGCUGCAGCUGCUGCUGUGCCUCAGCGCGGCCUUCUGCUCCGUCCACGUCCUCGCCUCGCUCCUGCUGCUCGUCUACAAGACCCAGGCCUUCAGCUACCCCCUGGGCCUCGCCGCCCGCGACCUGGCGCUCCUGCUCCUGCUCGGGGUCCUGGAGGCCCUGCGGCUUGGCCUGGGUGCCCAGGGCAAUCUGACGGAGUCUGAGGGGCCACUGGCCGCCAGCCUGGCCCUCACCCUGGGCUGCGCGCUGCUGGCAGUCUACUUCCUCCUCUGGCAGGCUCUGGUGCUCUGGGUGGACUCUUGGCUCAGCUCGGCGCUCCUGGUGCUGCACGGCUUGGAGGCCUGCCUGCAGGCGGUGACCAUCGCGGCCUUCUUGCGCUAG